UUGAGACUGAAACUCAUGAUGACUGCAUCAUCGCUGCUGGCUGCCCUCAUGGUGGUGACCUGCGCUGCUCUUCUGCCACUCUCUGCUGCUCAAGGUAAGAAUCCAUUGUCUGGUACAGGGGCCACAUUAUAUGCUGAAUAUAUGUGACACUGUCAAUGUCAACAGUUCUGUAAGUCGCUAUAGACCUUUUUAAUGGUAGCACUAAAUGUACAGUAAGUGUUGUUUUUGAGCUCAUCCCCUAUUGCUGUGUCCCCAACCUGCAGCCAGUUGCAGUGGUAGAUGUGGUGACCCGUUCGCUCGUGGUCAGCCCUGCCAGUGUGACGCCAGCUGCCUCGCUCACGACGAGUGCUGCAAGGACUUUGAAGCUCUCUGCACUUUCGGUAAGACUGAUGCUAUUACUAUGAUAUUACUAUGCCAUAAUUCAAUUCUCAAAUAUUUAAAUGUAUUAGGAUGUUAUUCAUUAAAAAUUAGAGUCUGCAUAUAUGCAUGAAUGUAAACAUGUGUUGAUGUAUCUGAAACUCAAACUAUGUGACAGGCAAAGUCAGCCAUCAAUGGUGCAGUAGACAGGACCAAAGUGGGUGUGUUGGUGAAUAUCAGGGUCUAUUUCUUCUCUCUUGCAGGUGAGUCGUGCAGUGGUAGGUGUGGUGAAUCGUUCAGACGAGGCAGGCUUUGUGAGUGUGACCCAGGCUGUGUCCGCUACGACACCUGUUGCCAUGACUACCAGCACCACUGUGGUAUGAACAACAACAAUCUUUAUUAAAAGACUAAUUACAUAAUUUCAACACUUUAUCAUGAUAUCUGAGUUAGUUCAACUUAACCAGUACAAUACAAUCAGUAAUCAAUUGAAUUAAUCUGUCCCACAGAGAACAGGUCUAAAGAACAAUGCCUAUGUAGUAAAUUAUUAGGAGUGAGUUGAAUAGAGUGAUGGGUCGAAUUUAAUGGCCCAUGUACUAAUCAUUUACUAAUUGUUUUUUAAAAAUGCAUGCACAAAUAUCACAAUAUCAAACUUUCUUCUGUUUUAGAUGCCUCUACAACUCCACCACCAACCCAGAGGAUCAAGCAGGAUGCCAAGAAAAAGCCAACAGGUUCAGUUACUGUCUUUGUCUUUGUAGCAAAGUAACUGCAUGGAUCAACAGAGCUAGUGUACCCUGAUUAUAGGCCAAACAGUCUCUGAAUGCUAGGUUAGAGUGGGCCAUUUUAAACAGUAGAAACGUUAGCUUAUUGCAAUGAAUUUUCUUUAGCACUUCCCAAGAACAAAUCUUCCAGCGAGACAGAAUCGAAGAAUCUCAAAUCUCCCAAGAAACCUUCAAACAGCGAGAGUGAGGAAGGCGGCCAAGGUACGUGUGUACCUGCCAGGUUGUGCGUUUUAGGUGGGGCCCUGAGUUUUUACUGACCAUAUGACUGCCAGGAAAACUCAGGGCCCUAGUUAUGGCUUUCCAAUGGCUGUGUGAUAACCAAUGGCAUAGAAAGGCUUCAGAAUCCUACAAUAGACUGAGGGAACAAUAGUGUAAAUCGUCAAAUAAUUUAAACAAGGCAAUGCUUGUGGACUGGAAGAGCAGCUAGGUUCCAUUGGGUUACAUGGGUUGAUCAGUGACUGCAUGUGAGAAUCUAACCCAUAAUAGGCCUCUUUAGGCUAUUGCUGUAUGGAGGUCAGAUGAGAAAAAAGCGAUAACUGCAGUGUUACUUGCAACAGUUUCCAGGGGCUGAGCCUGUGCCUCUCUCUGCCCUCUGGGUCUCAGACCACAACAGUUGUUCGAUGUAUUGUGUUUUUUGUUGUGUUUUCAGACCAGAGCCAGACCAUAUACCCUUCUCCAUCCGACCUCUUCCCUGAGAAUCAGGACUAUGGUAAGUUUAGGCUAUUGGUGGUGCGCUUGUCAAUCAUUGACACUAUCAGAACACAGCAGCUGAGAAGUGAAGAGAUUGAGGACUUUGUCAACAGACAAGGAGCUUGUGCUGAGCAACACAAUUGAUUAAGAAUUACAGCUACCAACAUGCUAGAGUCAGUCAUUGUUUUAUAUUUGUCUAUGAUAGGUUUACCCCGGUAACCUGUUUAUGUGUUUCACACAGAUACCAACAGCCCUUACCCUGGAUCCAUAAGCCCUAAGAGCCAGAGUGACUAUUCUCUUUUCUCUGGGGUACCCAGCUUCCCCUUUGAGCCCUGACUUCUACCCUCUGACUGACAGCUUCAAUGGUCCCACCUCCACAGCCCCAGCCACUGUCAUGGAUGGUGAGAGCUCAUACAGUUGUGAGACAUACCAUAUGGCAAAGUGUUUGAUGAAAGUAUUGUCUGAGAAAGUGACAGAAAAGGCUGAUUAUUAUUUAUGUUUUGAAGUAGUCAAGCGACAAGGGCAAAGUUCUUAAUGCAUAUCAGUAGGCUUAGGAGAAAUCCAAUGUUUUCUCUGAGUGCUGAUGCAUUGUGUAGUAUUUUGUAUGCCAGCUUGUGUUUGUUUGUUUGUAUGUACAUGUUCUAACAUCCUUCAUCUUGCCCCCUUAUCUCCUGUGAAGCUCUGAGUGAUGCAGCCACCAGUCUCUUGGAGGGCAUCUCCACCCUCCUCCCUACACCCAUGGCUGCCACUCCCUCUGCCCUGCCUUCCCUCACUGGUCAGCUCCCUGGUUCUGCUAACUUCCCAGCCACUGGCUUGCCCAUGCCCAGCCAGGGUGGCCCCUCGGUGGGUAACGCUGGCCCCAGGGCCCUGUUGUCUGGAGCUCCCCUGCUCCCUACUCUGGCAGAUAUCGCCAAGGCCUUGGAGCUCAAGAACCCCAUCACUCUGGCAGACAUAGCCAAGGCCUUGGGCCUCAACACUCCCAAUGACCCAAUCACUUUGGCAAACAUAGCCAAGGCCUUGGGGUUGAACAACCCCAAUGAUCCUAAACCUUUCCAAAACCCCAAGAACUCCAUCCUUCUGGCAGACAUAGCCAAAGCCAUGGGGCUUAACUCCCCCAAUGAUCCAAUCACAUUGGCAAACAUAGCCAAGGCCUUGGGGCUCAGGAACCCCAACGACCCUAAACCCAGCCAAAACUCCAGCUCUCUGGCAGACAUAGCAAAGGCCUUGGGGCUCAACUCCCCCAAUGACUUCGUCACAUUGGCAAACAUAGCCAAGGCCUUGGGGUUCAACAACUCCAAUGAUCCUAAACCUCCCCAAAACCCCAACAACCCCAUCACUCUGGCAGACAUAGCCAAGGCCUUGGGGCUCAAUAGCCCCAAUGACCCCAUCACUUCGGCAAACAUAGCCAAGGCCUUGGGAUUCAACGACCCCAAUGCUCCUAAACCCCCCCAAUACCCCAGCUCUCUGGCAGACAUAGCCAAGGAAUUAGGCUACAACAACAUCAAAGACCCCAUUACUUUGGCAAACAUAGCCAAGGCCUUAGGGCUAAAAAAAGACAACAACCCCAUCAAUCUGGCAGACAUAACCAAGGCCUUAGGGCUCAAAACCCCCAAAGACCCCAUUACUUUGGCAAACAUAGCCAAGGCCUUGGGGCUCAAAGACCCCAGCACUCUGGCAGACAUAGCCAAGGCCUUAGGGUUCAACAAACCCAACGACCCUAAACCCCCCCAAAACCCCAGCUAUCUGGAAGACAUAGCUAAGGACUUAGGGCUCAACAGCCCCAAUGACCCAAUCACUUUGGCAAACAUAGCCCGGGCCUUGGGGCUGAACAACCCCAACAAACCCAUCACUCUGGCAGACAUAGCAAAGGCCUUGGGGCUCAAUGACUCCAGCACAUUGGCAGACAUAGCCAAGGCCUUCGGUGUCAAGAAUAUCAACAAACCCAUCACUCUGGAAGACAUAGCCAGGGUCUUGGGAUUCAAAAACCCCAAAGACCCAAACACCCUGGCAGACGUAGCCACGGCCUUGGGGCUCAAUGACCCCAACAAACCUAUCACUCUGGCAGACAUAGCCACGGCUUUGGGACUCAAUGACCCCAGCACUCUGGCAGACAUAGCCAAGGCCUUGGGGGUCAACAACCCCAACGACCCUAAAAGAUCCAACAACCCCAACACUCUGGAAGACAUAACCAAGGCCUUGGGGCUCAACGAUCCCAACAAACCCAUCACUCUGGUAGACAUAGCCAAGGCCUUGGGGGUCAACAACCCCAACGACCCUAAACCCCCCCAAAACCCCAACGAACUCAUCACUCUGGCAGACAUAGCCAAGGCCUUUGGGCUCAAAAACCCCAACAAUCUCUUUACUCUGGCUGACAUAACCAAGGCCUUAGGGCUCAAAACCCCCAAAGACCCCAUCACUUUGGCAAACAUAGCCAAGGCCUUGGGGCUCAAAGACCCCAGCACUCUGGCAGACAUAGCCAAGGCCUUAGGGUUCAACAAACCCAACGACCCUAACCCCCCCCAAAACCCUAGCUAUCUGGAAGACAUAGCUAAGGCCUUAGGGCUCAACAGCCCCAAUGACCCAAUCACUUUGGCAAACAUAGCCAAGGCCUUGGGGCUGAACGACCCCAACAAACCAAUCACUCUGGCAGACAUAGCCAAGGCCUUGGGGCUCAAUGACUCCAGCACUUUGGCAGACAUAGCCAAGCCCUUGGGGGUCAAGAACCCCAACAAACCCAUCACUCUGGCAGAUAUAGUCAAGGUCUUGGGAUUCAAAAACCCCAGCAACCCUAAAACCCCUCAAAACCCCAAAACUCUGGCAGAUGUAGCCACGGCCUUGGGGCUCAACGACCCCUACACACCCAUCACUCUGGCAGACAUAGCAACGGCUUUGGGACUCAGUGACCCCAGCAUUCUGGCAGACAUAGCCAAGGCCUUGGGGGUCAACAACCCCAAUGACCCUAAAAGACCUAGCAACCCCAACACUCUGGAAGACAUAGCCAAGGCCUUGGGGCUCAACGACCCCAACAAACCCAUCACUCUAGCAGACAUAGCCAAGGCCUUGGGGGUCAACAACCCCAACAACCCUAAACCCCCCCAAAACCCCAACAAACCCAUCACUCUGGCAGACAUAGCCAAGGCCUUAGGGCUCAAAACCCCCAACAACCCCUUCACUUUGGCAGACAUAACCAAGGCCUUAGGGCUCAAAACCCCCAAAGACCCCAUCACUUUGGCAAACAUAGCCAAGGCCUUGGGGCUCAAAGACCCCAGCACUCUGGCAGACAUAGCCAAUGCCUUAGGGUUCAACAACCCCAAUGACCCUAACCCCCCCCAAAACCCCAGCUAUCUGGAAGACAUAGCUAAGGACUUAGGGCUCAACAGCCCCAAUGACCCAAUCACUUUGGCAAACAUAGCCAGGGCCUUGGGGCUGAACGACCCCAACAAACCAAUUACUCUGGCAGACAUAGCCAAGGCCUUGGGGCUCAAUGACUCCAGCACUUUGGCAGACAUAGCCAAGCCCUUGGGGGUCAAGAACCUCAACAAACCCAUCACUCUGGCAGACAUAGCCAAGGUCUUGGGAUUCAAAAACCCCAACGACCCUAAAACCCACCAAAACCCCAAUACUCUGGCAGAUGUAGCCACAGCCUUGGGGCUCAACGACCCCUACACACCCAUCACUCUGGCAGACAUAGCAACGGCUUUGGGACUCAUUGACCCCAGCACUCUGGAAGACAUAGCCAAGGCCUUGGGGGUCAACAACCCCAAUGACCCUAAAAGACCCAACAACCCCAACACUCUGGAAGACAUAGCCAAGGCCUUGGGGCUCAACGACCCCAACAAACCCAUCACUCUGGCAGACAUAGCCAAGGCGUUGGGACUCAAAGACCCCAGCAAUACGGCAGAAAUAGCCAAGACCUUGGGCUACAACAACCCUAACACAGGUCUACCAGGUAGGGACCUCAGAUUGGAUACUAUUUAUUUUGAUUUAUUAUGAUUUCACCUUUAUUUAACCAGGUAAGCCAGUUGAGAACAAGUUCUCAUUUACAACUGCGACCUGGCCAAGAUAAAGCAAAGCAGUGCGAUAAAAACAACAACACAGAGUUACAUAUGGGAUAAAACAAAACAUAAAGUCAAAAAAUACAACAGAAAAUAUAUAUACAGUGUGUGCAAAUGUAGUAAGUUAUGGAGGUAAGGCAAUAAAUAGGCUAUAGUGCAAAAUAAUUACAAUUAGUAUUAACACUGGAAUGAUAGAUGUGCAAGAGAUUAUGUGCAAAUAGAGAUACUGGGGUGCAAAAUAGCAAAAUAAAUAACAAUAUAGGGAUGAGGUAGUUGGGUGGGCUAAUUUCAGAUGGGCUGUGUACAGGUGCAGUGAUCGGUAAGGUGCUCUGACAACUGAUGCUUAAAGUUAGUGAGGGAGAUAAGAGUCUCCAGCUAUGUAGUGUUUCUACAUCAGUAACCUUUAGGAUGUCUACUGCAUCAAUUGAGUAUUGAUUUAAUGUACAUGUCAUCAGUGUCAAGUAGAUAUUUAGCUAUUAUACAGUCAGUUAUACUUAUUAUAUUAUACAGUAAAGGACAACAUGAAACAUUAUUCACAAUUUUAAUGGCUUCUCCCCACAUGGACGUGUCUUCUUUCCUCUAGAUGUCGACAGUAACCCAGACCUCUGCAGUGACCUGCCCAUCAACGGAUUGACCACUCUGGCCAAUGGAAGCAUUCUCAUCUUCAAGGGUAUGUGUGUGUGGAGCAUAGUGGCCUAGCUCUUGGCUAGCUCUAUCAUUUCUCACUCAUUACUUACUGAUCAAAUAUUUAUGAUCAGUAAGUAUAUUUAUUAAUAAUUGUCAGCUACUUUCCUUUCAUGAAAUAGCAUAACAAUGUGUAUCCUAAAAUCCUAAAGGAAAUAGUUACUUGAUGCAUCAUCUCCUAAUGAUUGUGGUUCUGUUGCCCCCAACCAGGUCAUUUCUUCUGGACGAUAGACCCCAUCACCAAGGCCCAUGGCCCAGUCCGCAACAUCACAGAGGAGUUGGGCAUCCCCUCCCCCAUCGACAGUGCCUUCACCCGCACCAACUGCCAGGGCAAGAGCUACAUCAUCAAGGUACUGUAGAACUGCCGGGGAAAAACGUAGAACCUGGGAGAAGCUCAGUGGGUUGGGGCAGUGGAGAUGCCUAGGUGGAACCUAAUGACCUAAACACUUUCGAUGGGAUUGGGAUAUUGUCACACAGAUCCUUUUUGCAUAGCCAAUAUAAUGUUCCCAUCUCUUGUCCAUCUCAGGGUGAUGACUACUGGAGGAUGGACAAUGGCAAGAUGGAGUCUGGUUACCCCAAAUCUGUUGCCUCUGGUUUUGAUGGUCUGACUGGCACCAUCACUGCAGCCCUGCCUGUGCCUGCUACCAGGAGGAGGCCCGAGUCUGUCUACUUCUUCAAGAAAGGUAAAGGAGAGCUUGAGGAUUACCACUACCUAACCUACUCCCAUUGCUUUACAUGAUGAGUUACACCAAUGAGCUCGCUCUACUCAAUCCACAUUGGCUAUUUCUUUCACCCACAGGAGGCACCAUGCAGAAAUACUCGUACCAUGCUGGAAGUGGUCCUGUCUGUGGCAAGAAAUCCAAGUCCAGUGCAAAGAAACGCCAUGCUCGCCAAACAGAGAUGAGUCUGGGAGGAGAGAUCAACAUCAAGCUGGCUCUGAAAGGCUUUCCCUCCUCAGUGACCUCAGCUGUGUCUGUCCCCAGCCCCAAGAAGGCCGACGGAUACGACUACUUCCUCUUCGCUGGACGUAAGUCUAUGACAAUGUUCAUGAUGUACUGUAUAUCUAAUAACCCAAAAUAUCUAUUACAUCAGCAAAAUACUGUUUAUGGGUCUUUCUAUAAACUAGGGUACCAGUGAGGAUUUCCUACACUGGACAACUUGGGGGAUCAUAGCUAUAUUCAAUAAAAUUCACGAGUUGAUUUAAAACUGUUUAACCCUUAUCCUGGUUGGUGUCUUGACGGAUAUGUCCAAAAUCAUAUGACAAAACAUUACUUUUCUGUCCUUGCAUUUAUGGCAGUGUAAGUUGUCGUUAUAUCAUAUAUUAUCCAUUAAUCAGUUAAAUUAGACAUAGAACUUGAACCCUGUAAGCGGUCGGACAGUUUGAAUCCUGGAUCUAGCGGUCAGACAGUUUUUUGUAUAGAGAUCUCAGAAAUGCAGUGUAACUACUUAACAUUUCGUGUCUCCUUAAGUUACCGGGUCAAAACAGUUUAUGGGCACACAAAUCCAAAACAAUGUAUGAAUUGCAAAAUUGAAAACUUUUAAACAAAAGGGUCACCUUACCUUGAUACUUAAAACCUAAAUCGAUAAGGUCAUUAACGUGGUUCUUCAAUAAUUAUGCAUAAUACUUGUUGGAUGCGCAUUUGGUGUCCAGUUGAUUACUAGCAUGCUAAUAGAUACCCAUAGACUUCCAGUCAUUGGCUCGCGAAACUACCUCGAACGUCCUUCAUACGGGACACCGACAUAAAAAUGAUAUCCACGAGUUCAUCUGACUCUGGGGAAGUAGAUAAAGGGCCUCAUUGCCAAAAUCCUGAAGUAUCCCUUUAAAGGAUUAUCCUAGGCCUAUGUUGUUGUAUAGGUGGAGUUAUGGGCCAAUAUGUAUAUAUAUAUUCACUUAUAUUCCUCUAAAUACACAUGUGGAACUGCAUGAAAGUCAUAUUUAUUUUUUCAAACCAUUUUGAAAUGUUGAUCCCAAUGUCACACAUUGGACCCAUUAUUUAUAGAAAGACCCUUAUACAGAAAAUACUGGUUCAAAACGCAUAAGUAAUGAUCCAGUAUAAUAAUUAAGUAUUACUGGUAUAUUCUAUCAUAUGCUGUAUUUGUCAGAUGCAUAAACAUUGCCUUGACAUGGAAUUCUUAAAUAUCCUGUGCAACUGCAGCUGUUCUGUUUAAAAAGGUAAACCUACAGUUAAGUCAAUAUGUUAACACAAACACUAUUCCCUUUUUAGCUCUGUACUUCAACAUCAAGAUAUCUGGUGAUCUGCCUGCUCUGGCCAAACCAGACAAUGCUGAUCCCCACCAGAACUCCAUCAAGAAGUGGCUCAAGUGUGACUAGAGCACUCCCUAUGGAGGGACCAACAACGCACAAAGCACACCUACGGCAAAACAUUUUUUUCUUCAGUUUAUUAGCAAAACAAAAGCAACAGAACAAUUACUCUCUUGAAACAAAUAUAAAACUAAAAUUAACGCUUUUAAGGCACAUGGUAUCUGCUGAUAUAAAAUUGGGAAGAAAAAAAGCGAACCAUUGCUCUCUCUCACGAUCACAAAUGAAUUAGACUAAGACACUAUGAUUGAGACUUGGGAGUAAGGGAAUGGAGCAGUGCAUGAUGACAUCAUUAGCUGGAUAGGUUUCCUCUACCGAAAGGGCUUCUUCCUGCUCGAGGGAAGCCCAUACCUUGAAUGGAGGGGGUGAGAAGAGACAGGUUCCAUCUUAGGCAUUAGACAUCAUCCAAAAUUGCCACUUCAUGAAGUUUAUAACUCUCUAUUGCGUUUGUUUAGCUUGGCUCACUAUAGCUUCUUUGAAUGUUGUUUUGAUGUACAUUGAAAUAGCCACCUCUCUAAACUCAAACAUCAGCUAAAACAUUUGACAAGACCCCACGUUAAGACCACACCAGGGGGGUUUAAAUAUCUCUUGCAUGACAGCAACCCUGCUCCAACGAUACUUGUAUCACAUGUAAUCCAACAUGCCGAAUAAAAGUAUACAAUUUAUGUCCGUUGUGUUGCUUACUUUAUCUGGCUUAUCAAACUAAUAAAAAUGCUUCUCAUCUACUUUGUUGUGCCGUGUGUUUCUACCACAGUAGGUUGGUGGCACCUUCAUUGGGGACGACGGGCUUGUGGUAAUGGCUGGAGCGGAAUCAAUGGAAUGGUAUCCAAUACUUCAAACACAUGAUUUCCAUGCAUUUAAUGCCAUUCCAUUUGCUCCAGCCAUUAUUAUGAGCCGUCCUCCCUUCGGCAGCCUCCACUGGUUAAAAGUGGUCUUAAAAAGUCAGUAGAUGAAAGCUGACCUCUGUGGAUGAGCAUCCUGCCUCUGUUGGCUGUCCUAUAUAUAUGUAUAUAUAUAUAUAUAUAUAUAUACACAUACACACACAGUGGGGAAAAAAAGUAUUUAGUCAGCCACCAAUUGUGCAAGUUCUCCCACUUAAAAAGAUGAGAGGCCUGUAAUUUUCAUCAUAGGUACAUGUCAACUAUGACAGACAAAUUGAGAAAAAAAAAUCCUGAAAAUCACAUUGUAGGAUUUUUAAUGAAUGUAUUUGCAAAUUAUGGUGGAAAAUAAGUAUGUGGUCAAUAACAAAAGUUUCUCAAUACUUUGUUAUAUACCCUUUGUUGGCAAUGACACAGGUCAAACGUUUUCUGUAAGUCUUCACGAGGUUUUCACACACUGUUGCUGGUAUUUUGGCCCAUUCCUCCAUGGAGAUCUCCUCUAGAGCAGUGAUGUUUUGGGGCUGUUGCUGGGCAACACGGACUUUCAACUUCCUCCAAAGAUUUUCUAUGGGGUUGAGAUCUGGAGACUGGCUAGGCCACUCCAGGACCUUGAAAUGCCACUCCUUCGUUGCCCGGGCGGUGUGUUUGGGAUCAUUGUCAUGCUGAAAGACCCAGCCACGUUUCAUCUUCAAUGCCCUUGCUGAUGGAAGGAGGUUUUCACGCAAAAUCUCACGAUACAUGGCCCCAUUCAUUCUUUCCUUUACACAGAUCAGUCGUCCUGGUCCCUUUGCAGAAAAACAGCCCCAAAGCAUGAGGUUUCCACCCCCAUGCUUCACAGUAGGUAUGGUGUUCUUUGGAUGCAACUCAGCAUUCUUUGUCCUCCAAACACGACGAGUUGAGUUUUUACCAAAAAGUUAUAUUUAUAAGAAGUUACAGGUCUGUGAGAGCCAGAAAUCUUGCUUGUUUGUAGGUGACCAAAUACUUAUUUUCCUCCAUAAUUUGCAAAUAAAUUCAUAAAAAAUCCUACAAUGUGAUUUUCUGGAAAUAAAAUUCUCAAUUUGUCUGUCAUAGUUGACGUGUACCUAUGAUGAAAAUUACAGGCCUCUCUCAUAUUUUUAAGUGGGAGAACUUUCACAAUUGGUGGCUGACUAAAUACUUUUUUUCCCCACUGUAUGAUCAAAAGCUUUCUAUGAUAUGUUAUACACAAAAUAUAUAUGUGGAAACCCCUUAAAAUUAGUGGAUUCAGCUAUUUCAGCCACACCCAGUGCUGAAAGGUAUAUCAAAUCGAGCACACAGCCAUGCAAUCUUCAUAGACAAACAUUUGCAGUAGAAUGGCCUUACUGAAGAGCUCAGAGACUUUCAACGUGGCACAGUCAUAGGUUCCCACCUUUCCAACAAGUCAGUUAGCGAAAUUUUUGCCCUGCUAGAGCUGCCCCAGUCAACUGUAAGUGCUGUUAUUGUGACGUGGAAAUGUCUCGGAGCAACAACGGCUCAGCCACGAAGUAGUAGGCCACACAAGCUCACAGAACGGGAUCGCCGAGUGCUGAAGCGCGUAAAAAUCGUCUGUCCUUGGUUGCAACACUCACUACCGAGUUCCAAACUGCCUCUGAAAGCAACGUCAGCACAAUAACUGUUUGUCAGGAGCUUCAUGAAAUGGGUGUCCAUUGCCGAGCAGCCGCACACAAGCCUAAGAUCACCAUGCACAAUACCAAACAUCAGCUGGAGUGGUAUAAAGCUCGCCAACAUUGGACUGUGGAAACGCGUUCUCUGGAGUGAUGAAUCACACUUCACCAUCUGGCAGUCCGACGGACGAAUCUGGGUUUGGCGGAUGCCAGGAGAACGCUACCUGCCCCAAUACAUAAUGCAUAGUGCCAACUCUAAAGUUUGGUGGAGGGGGAAUAAAGGGCUGUUUUUCAUGGUUUGGGCUAGGCCCCUUAGUUCCAAUGAAGGGAAAUCUUAACGCUACAGCAUACAAUGACAUUCUAGACAAUUCUGUGCUUCCAAAUUUGUGGCAACAGUUUGGGGAAGGCCCUUUCCGGUUUCAUUUUUACAUUUAAGUCAUUUAGCAGACACUCUUAUCCAGAGCGACUUACACAUUUGUGCAUUCAACUUAGGAUAGCCAGUGGGACAACCACAUCUUGAUCACAGUAAGUACACUUCUUCAAACAAGCAGCUGUGAGCAAAGUCAGUGCAACAGGGACAACUACAUCUCGAUCACAAUAAGUACAUUUCUUUAAACAAGUCAGUGAUAGCAGGUGAAAUAAGUCAAGUGUUAAUUUAGACAAAAGACAGUGGUAGUAAAGGGGGGGGGGGUAGAAGGAUUACUAUUAUACUAUUCCAGGUAUUCCUUAAAAGAGGUAGGGUUUCAAGUGUCUCCGGAAGGUGGUCAGUGACUCCGCUGUCCUGGCGUCGUGGGGGAGCUUGGGGUGCCAGAGCUUGGGUUCCACCAUUGGGGUGCCAGAGCAGCGAAUAGCUUUGACUGGGCUGAGCGGGAACUGUGUUUCCGUAGAGGUAGGGGGGCUAGCAGGCCAGAGGUGGAUGAACGUAGUGGCCUCGUUUGGGUGUAGGGUCUGAUCAGAGCCUGAAGUUAAGGAGGUGCCGUUCCCCUCACAGCUCCGUAGGCAAGCACCAUGGUUUUGUAGUAGAUGUGAGCUUCAACUGGAAGCCAGUGGAGUGUGCGGAGGAGCGGGGUGACGUGAGAGAAUAAUAAUAAUAAUAAUAAUAAUAAUAAUAAUAAUAAUAAAUAAUAAGAGAACUUGGGAAGGUUGAACACCAGGCGGGCUGCAGCGUUCUGGAUAAGUUGCAGGGGUUGCAAUGCCCCUGUGCACAAAGCGAGAUCCAUACAGAAAUGGUUUGUCGAGAACGGUGUGGAAGAACUUGACUGGCCUGCACAGAGCCCUGACCUCAACCCCAUCGAACACCUUUGGGUUUAAUUGGCACGCCGACUGCGAGCCAGGCCUAAUUGCCCAACAUCAGUGCCCGAUCUCACUAAUGCUCGUGACUGAAUGGAAGCAAGUGGAAAGCCUUCCCAGAAGAGUAGAGGCUGUUAUAGCAGCAAAGGGGGGACCAACUCCAUAUUAAUGCCCAUGAUUUUGGAAUGAGAUGUUCGACGAGCAGGUGUCCACAUACUUUUGACAAUGUAGUGUAUUUUCAUGGAAUGGAAGGGCAUGAGGAUUAACCUGUAACAUUUAUCUCCCAGAGUGAAAUCUAAGUGAUUGAGUGAAAUCUACGUGAACUGUGUCACUUUGUAGGCCAUUACUUCUCUUAUCUGAGGCCCGCAGGUUGGCGUUCUCCAGCUCCUCCUCCAUCUUCUUGAUCUUCUCCUUCAGCUCAGCCUCCUGUUUGCCCUUUGACCCCUCCAUGUCCGCCAGCUUCUUCUCUAUG